AUGUCUUUCAGCGCUUCUUCAGCAUUAUCUCGCUGCCUGGCGUGUCCUGCUAACUGCAGGGCUUUUGCGGCUCAAGUUAAACCCUUCCACUACCAAGAUAUACUGGAAUUCGAGAAGCCUCCCUAUGCUGAUGUUGUUUUCAAAAAGAUCUCUGGUGAUUACGUGAAGACUACCACUGUAAACGGUAAAAAGGUUCUUGAAGUUGAUGGAAAGGGUUUGACCCUUUUGGCUGAAAAAGCUAUGCUCGAUAUCUCCCAUUUGCUUCGUUCUUCUCACUUACAGUUUCUUUCAAAUAUUCUCAAUGAUCCUGAUGCAUCAAACAAUGAUAAAUUCGUUGCUCUGGAGCUCCUGAAGAAUGCCAAUGUCGCAGCAGGCAUGAUCCUGCCUAGUUGCCAAGAUACUGGUACUGCUAUCAUUAUGGGCAAAAAGGGUCAAUAUGUAUGGACCAAUGAAGACGAUGGUGCUGCUCUGUCUCGUGGUGUCUAUAAUACGUUCACAAAACACAAUCUUCGUUACUCGCAGGUUGCUCCACUGGAUAUGUUUACAGAAAAGAAUACAGGAACUAAUCUUCCAGCUCAAAUUGAAAUCUAUUCCACAUCGGGCAAUGACUACAACUUCCUCUUCAUGGCCAAGGGUGGUGGCUCAGCUAACAAAUCCUUCCUUUUCCAACAAACAAAGGCCGUGUUGAAUGAAAAGAGCCUUUAUGAAUUUGUCAAAGAUAAAAUGAAGUCCCUGGGUACUGCUGCUUGUCCUCCCUACCACUUGGCUGUUGUGGUGGGUGGAACGUCUGCUGAGUAUAACUUGAAAACUGUCAAAUUGGCUUCCGCUCGUUACCUUGACAACCUUCCUACCACUGGUAACGAACACGGUCGUGGUUUUCGUGAUUUGGAAGCAGAAAAGCGCAUCCUUGAGAUCUCCCAAAAUAUGGGUUUGGGUGCCCAGUUUGGUGGCAAGUACUUCUGUCAUGAUGUUCGCGUUAUCCGUCUCCCACGACAUGGAGCAUCUUGUCCCGUUGGUAUUGGUGUUUCUUGCUCUGCUGAUCGUCAAUGUCUCGCCAAGAUUACUGAGGAGGGCAUCUUUCUGGAACAGUUGGAGACUAAUCCCGCCAAGUACCUUCCUGAUCCUUCUGAAGCCCAACUUUCAGGUGAUGUUGUCAACGUCGAUCUGAAUAAACCCAUGUCAGAGCAAUUGGCUACCCUCUCAAAGCACUCAGUGAAAACUCGUGUUAAUCUAACCGGUACCCUUGUCGUUGCUCGUGAUAUUGCUCACGCGAAGAUUAAGGAGAGGCUUGAUGCUGGUCAGCCUAUGCCUGAUUAUCUCAAGAACCAUCCUGUAUACUAUGCCGGUCCUGCUAAAACUCCUGAGGGUUAUGCCAGCGGUUCAUUCGGUCCAACCACUGCUGGUCGUAUGGACAGCUAUGUCGACCUCUUCCAAAGCCAUGGUGGAAGCAUGAUCAUGCUUGCUAAGGGCAAUCGUUCCAAGGCUGUGACCGAUGCAUGCAAAAAACAUGGUGGCUUCUACCUUGGGUCAAUUGGUGGUCCAGCAGCUAUCUUAGCCCAGAACUGCAUCAAGAAGGUUGAGGUUCUUGAGUAUCCCGAACUCGGUAUGGAGGCUAUUUUCCGUGUGGAAGUUGAGAAUUUCCCAGCUUUCAUCGUUGUUGACGAUAAAGGCAAUGACUUCUUCGAGGAAUUCAAGUUGUAG